AUGACGUCCACCGUGACGACGCCCAGCCGGCCGCUCGCCGCCGGGAGCCGGCCGAGGCGGUCUGGUCCCGCCGUGCUCUCGCUCAGCAAGGGUAGUAGCAGUCCUCGGCGGCGCCAGGCGCCGUCCACGAGCUGCGCCGCGCUCGCGUCGCCCGAGAAGGAGCGCACGCGCAACAAGCUCCCGCCGCCGCCGCCGUCGGCUACGGAGCAACAGCAGGAGGAGGAGGAGAAGGCCACGGACUACAACGAGGUCGCGGCCGUGCUGGAGAGCAUCUACAAGCUCAGCCCCGCCGUGGAGGUCGAGGAGGAGAAGCGCCACGGCAGCGGCGACGAAGACGACGAAGGCGAGGGCGGCAAGGCCAAGAAGAAGAAGAAGAGGAAAAGCAGAGUGGCGGGCCGGAGCACGGUGAUUGUGAAGAGCCGGCGGCGGCGGCGCGGGAGGAGGAUGGACCUGGGGAAGAGGGUGGAGAUGAAGAGCGCCGCCGCUACUAGCAGGGAGCAGCAGCAAGGGGAAGAGGACGACGGAGAGCGCGAGUUCGAGGAGAUGCUGCUGCGGGAGCACUCGGUGUCCACGGACAUGGGCAGCCUGGACUGGAAGCGCAUGAAGAUCCCGCCGGUGCUCACCUCGUCGCAGAGCGCGCGCCUCUUCAAGACCAUGCAGCCCAUGAAGGCGAUCUUCGAAGUGCAGGAGAGCUUGCGAGAGGAGCUGCAGAGGGACCCCACCGACGCGGAGCUCGCCGAGACCACCGGCAUGACCGUCCACCAGCUCCGCCGCCGCCUCGACGUCGGCCGGGCCGCCAGGAACAAGCUCAUCAAGCACAACCUCCGGCUGGUGCCGUACGCCAUCAACAAGUACUACCCGGACAUGGGCACCGAUGAGCGGUUCGACGACCUGUGCCAGGCGGGCGCCAACGGGCUGAUCACGGCCAUCGACCGGUUCGAGCCCAAGCGCGGGUUCCGCAUCUCCACCUACGCGCUCUUCUGGAUCCGGCACUCCAUCGUGCGCGCCAUGACGCUGUCCAGCUUCACCCGCUUCCCGUUCGCCAUGGAGUCGGAGCGGCAGGAGAUCGGCAAGGCCCGGGAGGAGCUGGCGUUCGAGCUCGGCCGGCCGGCCACGGACGAGGAGGUGCGGCGGAAGGUGGGCAUCUCCCCGCAGCGGUACCGCGACGUGCUGCGGAUGACCAGGCCCACCUACUCGCUGCACGCCAGGAACCGCGUCACGCAGGAGGAGCUCAUCAACGAGGUCACCGACGAUGAUGCCAUCGGCGUCGACGCCGGCGGCAGGCACAACACGCUGCUCCGCCUCGCCAUCGACGACCUCCUGGACUCUCUGAAACCCAAGGAGAGCCUUGUGAUCAGGCAGCGGUUCGGGCUGGACGGCAGGGGGAAGCGCACGCUCAGCGAGAUCGCCGGCAACCUCAGCAUCUCGCGGGAGAUGGUGCGCAAGUACGAGCUCAAGGCGCUCAUGAAGCUCAAGCACCCCACAAGGGUGGAAUACCUGCGCAGAUACAUGUGA